GUCGUUGUUUUCAGUCCCAAGGUUUUUUUCCAUCAUGAAGGAAGCAAACAUGUCUGUCCCCAUGAGUGUAGGGGAUCUGCUUCAGGCGGACCUCCAGGAGGACUCUGCGUACCGGGACGAUGGCCUGUGUGUGGUCGGUAUUUUCGGUAAGAGCAACAUGCAGGCGGGCCCGCUGAAGGACUCUCUGAUAAACAGUCUGGCGGACAAACACAUCUUCACCCUGUUUGGGGUUGCAGAGGAGGAGGACGGCGGCUCCGCGGACUGCAGCAGCCACAUCCAGGCUCUUUACAGCCAGGAGGACCGGGUGUUGUACCUACUGCUCUCUUCCGUGUGCGACAGCCGCCAGCUCCUGCGGGCCUGCCGGUCUCUGAGCGCCAGUACCAGCCACUCCGACGUCCACGACUUCUGGAAAGGCCUGGACCGACAGCACUGCCUCCACUUGCUCUACAUGUUCUCGGUGUGCCACGUCCUCCUGCUCGUCCAUCCAAACCAGACUUUUGAUGUGAGCUACGACCGGCUCUUCAGAGCCCUGGACGCCCUGCGGCAGAAGGUCCUGCCACUGAUCCGGGCUGCCAUCAAAGACUGCCCGGUGUCCAAAGAGUGGAAGCUGAACUGUCGGCCCUGCCCUCCACGCCUUCUCUUCGUCUUCCAGAUGAAUGGGACUCUGAAGGUCUCUGGAAAUGGUUCAGAGUCUGGAGGAAACCCUGACAAGCCCAAAAAGCACUCUCCCAGGAGGAGGCUGCAGCACGCCCUGGAGGACCAAAUUUAUCGUAUCUUUCGUAAAAGCAGAGUUCUGACCAACCAAAGCAGCAACUGCUUGUUCACCGUGCCCGCCAACCAAGCGUUCGUUUACGUGAUCCCAGCGGUAGAUGAGGAUCCUGUGGGGGCCUUGCUUGGCCAGCUGCGAUCCAACUGCAUCUUGUGUGACCAAGAGUCCACCACGUUGGUGUCAGGACCGAGACGUUACCAGCAGAUGCGACGUUCUGCUCGGCAGCCCAGCUUCAUCGGAGACUCAGGCAGCAUGUCAAUGGGCGGUCAGCUGGUGGACUGCAGCUUGAAGGAAUUCCUCUGGCAGCAUGUAGAGCUUGUGCUCACCAAGAAAGGCUUUGACGACAGUGUUGGCCGCAACCCACAACCUUCACACUUUGAGCUGCCAACCUAUUCGAAAUGGGUUCAGGUGGCAUCCAGACUCCACCAAGUCCUUAUUAGCAACACAGAUGAAGAAAUAUCUGAGCUAGUCGUGAAAGUGCAAAGCCAGCUGAAGGUUUUGGAGGGCUUUCUUGAUGCCGACACAAAGUUCUCUGAGAACAGAUGCCAGAAAGCUCUGCCACUGGCUCACAGCGCUUACCAGUCUAACCUUCCCCAUAACUACACCACGACGGUGCACAAAAACCAGCUGGCGCAAGCACUGCGAGUGUACAGCCAGCACGCCCGCGGUGUGGCUUUCCAGCGCUACGCCCUGCAGGUUCAUGAGGACUGCUACAAGUUCUGGAGCAAUGGCCACCAACUCUGCGAGGAGCGAAGCCUCUCUGACCAACACUGUGUUCACAAGUUCCACCUUCUGCCUCAACCAGGAGAGAAGCCGGACAUGGAUCGCAACCCUCCCAUCCUGAACCACAACAGUAGGGGGCGCUCUACCAGCUCGUGUAACUGUGGGAGGAAACAGGCUCCUCGUGAGGAUCCGUUCGACAUCCAGGCUGCUAACCAUGACUUCUACCAGAUGCUGGAGGAGAAAUGCUGCGGGAAGCUGGAGAGGAUUGAGUUCCCGGUGUUCCAGCCCAGUACUCCAGACCCAGCUCCGGCCUCCAACCAAGCCCAACGACUUCCAUCUGAGGCCUCGGGUUCUGGUGAGCCAGAGAGGUUGAAGGAGCCAAGCACUGCCCAGAGCCACACACCUGGAGACACAAGCCUCAGCCUGGCUCUCAGUCUGGGCCAGUCCACUGACAGCCUGGGGCCUUACGGGGACGGGGAGGGGACUGAAACUCAAGUUCAGCAAAAGAGGCCAAGUCUGGUCGACCGUCAGCCCUCCACUGUGGAGUAUCUCCCUGGUAUGAUGCACUCUGGCUGCCCCAAAGGCCUGCUUCCCAAGUUCUCCAGCUGGUCCCUGGUCAAACUGGGCCCAGCCAAGUCAUACAACUGCCACACUGGUCUGGAGCAGCCAGGUUUCCUACCCGGGUCUUCCUUCUUAUUGCCAUGGGACUUGGUGAUCCGCUCUCGGUCAGAGGAGGAUACAGUACUGGGAGAGCCUCUUGAUGGAAGCACCUCCUCAUGGCCAGCCCCCAACAAGAGCCUCGUGGGGAAGCGAGGGAGCACCGGAGGGCUCGGCAGGAGUCGCAGGAGGGACGACAUGGCUCGGGUCUUUGUGGGUUUUGAGUAUGAAGACAGCAGAGGACGACGCUUCAUCAGUUCCGGGCCUGAUAAAAUAGUGAAGGUGUUGGGGCCGGGGGGCGCCAAGGAUCCCGCUACCAGGGUGCUAAAUACAGACAUGCCGCUGUACAUCCCCUCUCCUUCCCAGGGCCGCGGACUGAAGGCUCACUACGCCCAGCUGACUCGCCUUUUUAUUGUCGUGCCUGACGCCCAGCUUGAGGUUACACUCAACCCUCAGGUUCAGCCUGGUCCUCCUCCCUGUCCAGUUUUCCACCCAGAGCAGACAGACUUAGUGUUGCCUCCUGAUGGUCUCUGGGUGCUGCGGUUCCCCUGUUCCUACUUGACAGAUCGCGGCCCCUGUUACCCCCCCAAAGAGAACCAGCCCCUCAACAACUACAAGGUGCUGCGAGGUAUCCUGAAGGCCACGACUGCUAAUCCUCCUCCACAGUGAACUUUAAUCCUUUUACUGAAGGACUUAACUUUCCUGCACUCAGUCAUAUUUGUUUACACCCCCUGACACAGGCUGAGAAAAUGUUGAUUUUUUUUGUUGCUUUGCUGCCAGCAGGGUCAGUCCGUGACCCUCCCCCCAGACAUCUUGUCUCGCUUCAAUGUCAAAAUCUCCCCAAGUGUGUUAGAAACGAAUGGCUGCACAUGGAUAAACAUGGUCCCCACAGACUGAAUCCUAUUGAUUUUGAUGACCUCCUGACUUUUCUGUUUACUGAACAUUUUCAUGAUUCCCAGAGCAACAAUCCAUCCUGUAGUGCCAUCCUGAGGUUAAACUUUACAUUUGUAACUCUGAGAAUAGCAAAAAAUCACCAGUAUAGCCUUUGUUCUUAGUCUGCUUGAGGAUUUAAGGAUGAAAUUAACAUCAUAGCCUGUAACAGACUGCUAAGAUCCUGGUUUAGGCUCUGCUGGGACAUCAUAAGCGUCUUUGUCUGACUGUUGAUUCUUGUGAUCCCUUGUUGGCAACUGAUAGAUUGAUCAAGUUAAGUCAGUGUAAGAGGAAGUUCGUGAGAGAAAGAGCUGUCUGAUUAGCUCCAGCCAGGAGGUGAUUUCACCUAUUUUAGUAUCUUAACGUCUACUCCACAAGCAGAAGACAUCACGCUGACAUGUUGACAGUCAGGGCAAAGCAAAGAAAAACAUAAGUGUGCCAGCUGCCACUUGUUAGCAGCGUGGAUCUAGGAAGGGUGAUGUUGGUCAGUCCACCACUUCCGUCCAGGCUAAAAUAUCUUUACAACUAUUGGAUGGAUUGCCAUGAAACUGUUACACAUUAAUGGUGCCCAGACGAUUAGUUGUAAUAACUAAAAACUAACUAAAAUUUCAGUUUCUUCAAUGACCUGCAAAAACAAACAAUCAUUUUCAGCUGCCCUUUGUGUUCAGUGCCAAUAAGUAAAUAUUGACAUGCUAACACUAAACUAAGAUGGUGACCAUGAUAAAUAUCGUACCUGCUGAUUAACAGCAUUUUAACAUUGUGAGCAUGAUGGCAGACUGUGUUAGCUACAUGACUGUAGACUUUUGUAGGGUGCUAAAGCCAAAGAUAAGAUUAAUUAGUUUGUGCAAAUGAUUGUGAAGUUAUUUCCUCUCGCAAGUUCAAAAUGAAUGUGUGUGCUGGCCGACUGUCAGCUGUAGAGUUUGGAUUGUGUUCAAGAACAACUUUAAAAAAACAAAAACAACGGUUAUUUAUUGUCAGUACAAGGUUUUUGUUGUCUGAUUGGUGCAUAAGGGAUUUUGGGCCAAACACCCACAUUACGCCUUUCAUCAAAGGCCGUGUCCAUUUGCUGAAUUUAAGUUGCACAGAACAAUAGACCUACUGUAAGACGGGUUAAAGAUGGUGGCUGGCACUAGAAGCAGUUUGUUUGGGACCAUGUAUAUUUCCUUUCUUGUUUCUCCUUCCUCUUUUUCAUCUUGGUAGAAAUGUUUGAUAUGAGUGUGACUCCUUCAAGUUACAGUUGUGGCACAUUAGAGCAAUUAUGACCUUCUCAUCAUUUUUGAUAAUUUGACAAAGAAAUGUCGGCAGCAGUGCACUUAAGCAGCCAUUGAAGCAGAAGGUGAGAGUCAAUUAUUAGGCGGAACUAUAUUUUGUAUCAUGUGCACAAAGGCACAGUAUUAUCUGAAACGUAUCAUUGAUCCACAUCCUACUGUAACACUGAUUACUAGAACCAGUGUGUAUGAUUUAGUGGCAUCUAGUGGUGAGGUUGCAGGCUGCAGCCAGCUGAAUAUCCCUCCCAAUCCACCUCCCCUUCCAUGUGUGUGGGAGACCCUACAGUGUUCAUUAAACUCGUGAAAAAAUUGAAAAGCCUUAUCUAGAGUCAGUGUUUGGUUUGUCUGGUAAUGACCACUGUAGAAACAUGGCGGUGUAUAAUGGUGGCCUUGUUGAACUCUGAGGUAACAAAAACACAAUGACUCUUAUUUUCAGGUGAUUAAACACUAAUUGAAAUAUACUUAUGAGUAUUAUAUUCCAUUUCUGCCAAGUCUGUUCUGCUAGAUGCCACUAAAUCUCACACAUUAGUCCUUUAAACAUACUUAACACACUGAGAGCUGGAGUGGAACAUGUUCUUUGUUUUUCGGUAA